AUGCUCGCUCAAGGGGUGCCAGAAGUGAAACACAAAUCGAUCCCCGACGAACUUUCUGGAAGUGUUGUGAGCCUGGCGGGUCGGGUCUCAGCAUCUCGCACUUAUUGUUCGGUAUCCCUGGCUGUAUCGUUAAUUCGGCAUGUGAGCGUGCAUGCGCGAGUUUUCGCCUCGCUGCCAUCGACUCCUUCGGGGGCAGAACCUCGAGAUGCGAUCGCGCAUGCCGUUUUCUUUGGCCCCGUGUUACAUACUCGAACCUGUUACCGAGAUUAUUCGCUUAACGACAAGAGAGGCAAGCCGCCGCACCCAUUCUUUGAACGAGACGUCCAACAAACACACGCGAAAUCUGACAACGAACUAGAAGAAAAGCGCUCCACCUUUCCUCAUUCGCAGCAUCACAUUCAAAAUCCAUUGUGUAUUGUGGGCAGACUCGUGCAAGUGAACAACUGGAAGGCGCUGCCAUUCGAACAGAUCACCGAUAAUCCGGAUGAGACUGUGCACUCACUAUUCAAAGACAUUUCCGGACACAUCACUCUUCGAAUUCUCACCAAACCAAGCACUUCCGACUCAGCUAGUACCCAAUGUAUAACAGAUCUCAAACAGCGACUCCUAAAAACGGCGGUCUCCAAGAACCCACAGAUUCUAAACAGUGUGGAUAACCAACAAAUUAAAGAAUUGAUCAAUCAAGUUAUCGCCGGUGACGAUCCAGCAAUGCUGAAUCACGAGCAGAUCAACUCCAUCAACGAGUGGCUCGAGACGCUCGACCAGGGUGACGAGCGACGAAGGUAAGU